AUGCUGAGACGGCAGGCGCGUUUGCGCCGUGAAUAUCUGUAUAGGAAGUCAGUGGAGGAUAAACAAAAGAGUAUACAAGCGAAGAAAGAUCAAUUAAAACGUAGUUUAGAAGAAAACAUUCCGAUACACGGAGAUUUAAGGAAAGAGGCACUCGCUUUACAGAAACGAAUCGAGUAUGAAGAUAAAGGUCCCGAGCGAGCUGCAGUGAUUGGUGGUUUCAGUGGUGGAGCUAACACAUUGAACUCACAAGAUGACGAAUAUAGAUAUGCAGGCGUCGAAGAUCCUAAGAUCAUGAUAACAACCUCUAGAGAACCGAGCGCCAGGUUGAAGAUGUUUGUUAAAGAAUUAAGAUUAAUCUUCCCGAACAGUCAGCGUAUGAAUCGUGGUGGUUAUGAAAUGUCUCAAUUGAUUCAUGCAUGUCGAGCAAAUGAUGUGACCGACUUCAUCGUAGUACAUGAACACCGAGGCAUACCUGAUAGUUUGGUAAUCUGCCACUUGCCCUAUGGACCGACAGCAUCAUUCACUCUCUCCGGAGUGGUCAUGAGACAUGACAUACCAGAUAUUGGUCCAAUGUCUGAACAGUUCCCUCAUCUUAUAUUUCAUAACUUCAAGACCGAUCUUGGCUUAAGGACAAUGAGCAUCCUAAAAUAUUUGUUCCCUGUACCAAAACCGGAUUCAAAAAGGGUUAUAACUUUCGCUAACAAUGAUGAUUACAUAUGUUUCAGACAACACACAUACAAAAAGUCUGGCAAAGAAAUUGAACUAUCAGAGAUCGGUCCACGAUUUCAAAUGAAGUUGUAUGAAAUAAAAUUGGGUACACUUGAAGCAUUGGAUGCAGCGGAUACUGAGUGGGCAUUAAGACCAUACAUGAACACAACAAGCAAAAGACGGUUCUUGAGUAACGAUGCUGGAUGGACAGAGGACAUAUAG